AUGAAGCCUUUACCUGUCCAGGCCCAGCCUGGGACAUUCUCCACUUCCCUUCACUUCCCCUCUGGGAGCCCCUUUCACCACCCCUGCACCUUGCUUCAGGCGAUGCCCGAGAGAGAGCUGUGGCCAGCAGGGCCUGGCUUGGAACCCGCCACCCGCGUCGGCAGCUGCGACAGUAUGAUGAGCACCACCUCCGCGCGCUCUGGAUCUAGUGACAGCAGCUACGACUUCCUGUCCGCUGAAGAGAAGGAGUGUCUGCUAUUCCUGGAGGAAACCAUUGGCUCCCUGGACACCGAGGCUGACAGCGGGCUGUCCACUGGCGAGUCUGAGGAAGCCACAACUCCCCGAGGUCCCCGAGCACUUCCCCUGACCCAGCCUGCUCCCCAGGGACAUCCAGAGGAGACAACUGUCCGAGGACCGGAGCCAAAAAGAGUGACUCCAUUCAGCUCAGCUCAUCCCCCCAGGCCCCAAAGCCUGGGCCUCAGGUCUGGCUCCAACAGCCUCCCCAGAAAUAUCCACAUCGGCAGAAACCAGAACCUCAGAAAAAGCACCACCCUGACUAACAGCCAUAAUCGAGGGGGAUCCGAGGGACUUGUCUCGGGACCUGAGACAGAGAGGGUCAGCCAGAGCCCUGAGCCCAGCCAGGCACUGGCCACGCCCCCAGAGGCUGCCCUUGAGCUGGUCGGGGCGCUCAUCCCCCCACCGGAGGCUUUCCAGGACGCCCAGCCCGAGCAGCGUGGCCAAGGCAGCCUGCCCAGAGGACCAGGGGAGCUGAGCCCCAGGCCCCAGGCCCACCCAUCACUUAGCUCCCAGAGAAACAGGGAGCCGGCUCCAGAGGCCAUGUCCCAAAAAGCCAGUGAGAAAGGCUCAACCGGGGAACCUGCACUACCUCGGCCUCCUCCCCUGGUGUCCUCUCGGGAUGCAGGCGCUAGAGAUGCGGCCGUCCCUUCUGGGGGCCAUCCAAAUGGCCGGCCGGCCCCCAUCACGGCCCCUAAGCCCCGGAAGCUGCCGCCAAACAUUAUCCUGAAGAGCAGCCGCAGCAGUUUCCACAGCGACCCCCAAAACCGGCUGUCCCGCCGCUCGGAGGCUGCGCCCGGGGACCCCAGCCCCGCCUCGUCCUCCCUGCAGGAGCAGAGGAAAGCACGCAGGGAAGCGCUGGAGAAGCUGGGGCUGCCGCAGGACCAGGAGGAGCCCAGCCCCCGCUUAAGCAGGCCCUCCGUCAGGCUCAAGGAGACUGGCGCUCAGGCCGUGUCCCCGGCCCCAGCCCAGGUCCCCGGAAGGGCCCUGGCCCCUGCACCCACGCGGGGCCCUUCUCCCGGGAAAGCGCCAGCUCUGGCCCAGCCGCCCUCUCCAGAUAAGGUUCUGGCUCCCUCCCAGGAGCCCACUCAGGGGACAGCUCCAGCUGCCAAAUCCACGCCAAUUCCUGUCCCGAAGGGCCCGCGGGCACGCAGUCCCCUGACUCAGCAAAAGCCAGACUCCGGGCUGACCCUCCAGGAGAGCGGCGUCCCUGGCCUCAGACAGAUGAGCUUCAAGUCCAGCACCCUGGAGCGGUCAGGCGUCGGGCUGAGCAGCUACCUCUCAGCGGAGAAAGCGCCCAGCCCCCAAACCAGCAACUCUCUGGAAAAAGGCUCCUUGCCGGACAGGAUCUCGCCCAGCGUCUUGCGUAAUUCCCGGCCGCGCCCGGCCUCCUUGGGCACGGGGAAGGACUUCGAGGGUAUCCAGGUGGGCAAGCUGGCUGACCUGGAGCAGGAGGGGCGCCCCAAGCACCUUUCUUACCAGGGACAGAGCCGAGACAAGCUGCCCCGGGCCCCCUGUGUCAGCGUCAGGAUCUCGCCAAAGGGGGUGUCCGAUGAACACAGAAGGGAGGCUCUGAAGAAGCUGGGCCUGUUGAAGGAGUAG